GCAGAGACAGAGAGGCAAGGCAGAGAGAGGAGGAGAGAGGGAGGACAGUUUCUUUCGCUGGAUGCAACUACAAGCAGCAGCUCGGGUCCGGACAAGAGGCGACCGGGGUUUGGAAUGAAGGUGUACGUGUGCGUGCGCCGUGCGUGUGGCGGAGAGACUGCGGGACCAGGAGAGAGGCUCACCACUUCCCUCCCCUCUGCGCCGCUCUGCCCUGUGUGUCGCCGCCGACUCCUCCUUCUCCCCGGCACAUAGGCAUCUGGCGUGGUGCGAUGGGAAGAGGUUAGAAGUAUGGCAUGCAGAGAUGCUUUCUGGCAAGAAGAAGGAGAUGGUGACAGCGAUGCGCCCCGCUUCUGCUCGGACCCUCUUCUACUUUAUGUGCUUGGCGACUUGUGUAAAGGAAAUUUCUGCACAGACAGGGACAAAUGAAGAGAUAUAUCUGAAUAUUACUGGCAUUUUAAACACACUUCUGAAGAGCUAUGACAACAGGCUGCGACCUGGAUUCGGAGGUCCUGCGACUGAGGUCAAGACUGAUAUUCGUGUCACAAGUUUUGGGCCUGUCUCAGAUGUUGAAAUGGAGUACACAGUGGACAUGUUCUUUCGUCAGACAUGGGAGGACUCUAGGCUGAGGCACAAUUUGACAAAUGAGACUUUAAGGCUAAACAACCUGAUGGCGAAUAAGGUGUGGACACCGGACACCUUUUUCAGGAACGGCAAGAAGUCAGUGGCUCAUAAUAUAACAGCCCCCAACAAGCUUUUCCGCAUCAUGAGCAAUGGCACUGUUCUUUACAGCAUGAGGUUGACUAUUGUCGCUGAGUGUCCUAUGAGGCUCAUGGACUUCCCCAUGGAUGGACAUAUAUGUCCCCUCCGGUUUGGAAGCUAUGCCUAUCCUGUAACAGAAAUGAUCUAUACAUGGACCAACGGACCUCAGAAUUCAGUGGAGGUCCCCCCUAAUUGCUCCCGUCUUGUUCAGUAUGACCUUUUCAAUGCGACGGUCUCCAGUGAAACAAUUACAUCCUGCACAGGUGAAUAUGUGGUGAUGACGGUCUACUUCCCUUUGAAACGUAAAAUAGGCUACUUCAUGAUCCAAACAUAUAUCCCCUGCAUAAUGACAGUAAUCCUCUCUCAAGUGUCCUUCUGGAUAAAUAAAGAAUCAGUGCCAGCACGCACAGUCUUCGGUAUCACCACAGUCCUAACCAUGACAACACUCAGUAUCAGCGCUCGCCACUCUCUCCCUAAGGUCUCAUAUGCCACUGCGAUGGACUGGUUCAUCGCUGUCUGCUUCGCCUUCGUCUUCUCUGCCCUCAUUGAGUUUGCUGCUGUAAAUUACUUCACCGCAAGACAGACCAAAAAGAAGCUGGCCAAAUGUCCCCCUGUACCCCAAACCACGCCUGUCAAGGUCAAGGACACAGAGGAAGUGCUGCAGCAAAAUCCUGAUACCAACGGUAACCUGAGAAAGCGGGUGAAUCAUGAAGAGUCGAGCAGUCACCCGAGAGCCCAGUCCACUACCAAUAUUUCGAGAGUAGGAAGAGCAAGACCGCUGCACCUUUUAGCCAGCAAAGCCAACAGCAGCUCCUCCAUCCUCUCUCACUCGAGCCCCAAGUCUGAGAGCCGGCUCAGUGUUGCCUCCUUCUCUGUCCAUCUGGUGAAUAGUACUCCCCAGGCUGCAGCUUCCACGCCAGAUAUAAUGGCAGACACGCCGUGUAAGCAGAACACCGCCUCCUUGUCUCUGCAGCACCUGUUGGGGCCCAAGCUAGAACGCAUCCAGAUGAUGGCGAACAAGGUGGAGCAAAAGCAGACGCUGUGCUCCCAGCCCACCACUGCUGGUAUGGGUGAAACCAGCAAAAUUGACAAGUAUGCACGGAUCCUUUUCCCAGUGUCCUUUGGUGCAUUUAACAUGGUCUACUGGGUGGUUUACUUAUCAAAGGACACAAUGGUGGUGGCUAAGGGUGGAUAAACUCUGGCAAUACGAGUGAAGAUCAUUUCUUUUACCAGAUGGGGAGCAGAUAAAGACUGUGGGAGUUUGCAAACAAUAAGACGAAACAGUUGUUCUUGGCAAACAAAGUGUACUCACUUCAAAAUCCUGGAAAACAAACUCAGAAUACAUCUAUAUAUUUCUUCCUAAGGUCCUUGAACAGCAAGUAUGGGAGCAAAUCAAACAAGAGAGAACACCUUCACACUGGAAUAUACCACUGUCCUCUUUAUACGAUAUUGUGCUAUGCCUGACUCUAAAGGUCUGUUGGCUUUAACUGCCUCAUGAUCUCUUUUGGCCUGCAAUCAAGAUAAAGCAUUGGAUUUUUUUUUCAGUUUCCUAUUUUUGUAUCCUGCAAGUGGCAAGAUGUUCAGAUGUGUGUACUACUGUCCUGAAAUAAACUACAGCAACCCUGUAAAUAUAUAGGUAUAUACAUUUAUUAGGAUAAACUGAUUUAUAUUUACAGUGUGCUUCCAUUUGAAUAUUAAGACUUGUUGCUUUGGUGCCAGCAGGCUAGAUGAUACGGUGUUAAAUGGUCUAAGUGUAGAAACAGUGGAGCGCUGGUAGUCAUUUUCUGGUUUAAAGGGAAAAACUAUAAUUCCUGAACACCAAGUGAUGUGAAACUAAAAUGGAAUAGAUUUCGAAAUAGGAUUUGAUCAGAAUGAAAGUCCUCAACCCAGACAGAGUGGAGCUAUCCACAGGACCUGAUCAGCCAUGAAAAACUUCUCUUGGACAGUACCUGCUUUCUUAUACAUGGAGGAUUAAAUAAUCUGGAAUUACUAAAGAUGAAAUUUGGAGAUCAGUCAGGUAGAAAGUAGUAAAAAUGAGCUAUUAAUUCUUGUAACAGUAGGAUUUAAGCUUCUCUUAUGUCAAACAGUAGGCAAAGAUGUUGCCAGUGGUUAAAAUACAGUCAUAUCAUGAACAAACAGAGGGAACAGAAAGACAAGUCAUUUAUCAGUAGAUCAGCAGCAGUUAAAUAGUGAGAUAACUGUUUAGAGGCAUUUUGGAUAUACAGUCAAAGAAUGUGACUGAACUGUUCGACAGCGGCUCCACAGGGAACAAACAGGAGCCAGGUUCUGUUAAUCCACCUUAUGCAUAACACAUGUGACUAAGAAUAAACCUGUUUCUAUAUGCUUUUCAGUUUUAACACACUAUACAUUUUGCCACGGCAUCUUAUGGUGUUAGACCUGUCAAAUUAUUUCUGGAUAAGGUGUAAAGAACAGUAUUGAAGUAGCGGCCGACCACACCGGACAUAGUUUGUGUUGAAGCCCAAAGUAGAGCUAAGCAGAGCACCCCACUAAAUUACAGCAUAUACUUUUUUAUUUCUGUGGGUAACACCAGAGUUAGCUGAUGGGCAGCAUGCAUAAAAAUCCUAAUAAAGGUCUGAGUGCAGCACUGCCUCCAGCCCUGCUCUUCCUGUCAAGACUGUUUAAGAAAUAGUUCAACUUUUUGCUGAGAAUUGGAUGAUAAGGUCAAGACCUCUCUUACAUGUGUACACUAAAUGUAAAUCUGCAGCCAGCAGUCAUUUAGUUUAGCAGUAGCUUCAGUCCUGUGUAUGUCUCUACACAGGAUGUGUACAGCAGGCACUGUAUGGAGUGUGGGUCACUAGUGUUUUUGCAACACUCAGAGCCUAAUACAUGAUCAGACACACAAUUAAAAAAACGAAAAUGGCCUUGAAGAAGGAAAAUUCACUGUGGGCAUGUAAAACAAAAGGCAUGUAGCCAGCUGGACAGAUUAAAGCAGAAGUGUAUGUGAGUCAUUCAUUGGCAACUGCACAAAUUGGGCCUUAGAAUUUUAAGAUUUUUUAUCAUAACCAAACAGAGUUGGCUUGUUCUGCCCCAUCAAAGUACAAUAGGUAAACCAACUGAAUGACAGGGCAGAAGAUUUCAAAGUGAUAUGGCCAAAAUUCUCUUUGUGGUCAAAGUUAGCAUCACACUUACCAUGCAGCUAAAUGAGGAAUUCAUGUUUUUAUACAAAUCCAUUUUGAAAAUGUCAUUAAAAAACUGUUUUCUCCAUGUGUGUUAGUGCACACGAAUGUGUGUAAUGGUCAGAACGGACAUGAAAAAAUGACUAUAGCUUAACAGAAAACAGUUAAAAAUAUUAAAAUUGUAAUUUGUACUUCAAUUUAAUUUAAUUUAACUUCAUGCUAACAAGUACACUUAAAUGAAUGUCUUCAGCCAUUGGAAACAGUAUUGACAGUUUUAUGCUGCCUCGUCAUUGCCUUUAAAAUGUCGGGGACAAAUUGAACAGUGUCCAUGGAACGACCCAUCUAUGAUUAAAAUAGAGGAGAAAUGACUGAAUAAUACAUAACACCUCCUGUUGACAAGCUAUAAAGCUCACUAAUUAUCUUGUUUUUUUUAACUGAUACAAAACAUAAUAAUGUAAAAAAAGACAAACUGUGGUUUUACAAGAGAAGCAGUGCCCACGGAGAUUUGUGGUGUAGCAGGUGUCUAGUUUCUUGCUCUAAUAGCCAUGUCAUCCAGGUAGUCAGGGUUGCUGGCCCUCGUCGAUCGGUUAGUCUAACAUGACUUAUGAUGCUGCGAGAACUGAAGGCUGAUGGACAGAUCAAGAUGCCCGCCGCCACUCACCUCUCCUCAGUGCAGUCAUGUGUGAAAUUGAGUUUGCCAUUAUUACCUCCCUGGUGGUCCCUCACUCUCCAUCCUCCUCUCUGUCUCUCACAAAAGUGUACAAGCUGUGUCUCAUCAUAAAAACACAGAACACACGUGCUAAUGAGGACCCUGUCAACAACAGAUUGACGUUCAGUGUAUGUGCUGCUCUAAAUGUGUGCAUGAUUGACAGAGCUUGCCAAUGCCAGGUUGUGGGUUUUAGUGCCCCCCCAACACAAAUCUGCUGUUCUAGAUGACAGACUGAGAGUUCAGAUAGCUCACUUUGCCAUUUUGAAACAUGUGGCAGGUUUGUGAAAAUUUCAACCACAUUCUGAAGUCAAGCUCUCAGUUAAUCACUGCCAUUGUCAUUUCAGCUGUUUAAAUGGUUUGAGAACAUUGAAGUAGAUUUUUCAAAAACUAGAAUGGCUUUUAAAUGGGGCAUUCAUUGUGCUUUUAGAACACUGUUGGCAUAAACCAAGGCAUGACGCGCCCUCUAGUGGGAGUACUGAACACAGUCUUAUUUGAGGAUGUACUCAACAUGACUGUCACCACAUCUGUAGUUGUGUCUGGCUGUAAGGCUGCAAGAAGUUUUGAUUUUCAAUAGUGUAGGAGAUCCUGCACAGUACUGGUUCAGGACAUUUUCCCACAUUGCCUUAAGCUACGUACUGUUGGAUUAAGCACACUGAAAAACAGGCAAAUUUAUAGCAGGGAAAUAGAAAUGAAGCAUAAGAACAACACUUUAUGAUAGACUAUUGGGAAGAUUUUUUUAAAUUAGAGGUUGAAAAGUUUGUUUCGUUUCAGAAUUGGUAUAAUUCUCUGUUUUCUGCCAACAUUUCCAAAGUUUCCUUUACUGUAAAAUAAUAUAAUUUAAAGAUGAUCUGAUCUUGUUUUAUGACAUAGAGAGUAACUCCUCACCAUCCUAACAAACCUCUGUGACUUUGACUUGUGUAUUUCAUAUAAAGUUGAAUGAAAGUAUUGUAUACAGUACAUCUUGAAAUGCAGUACAGCAACUGCGGUAAAUACAGUGCAGCUGCAUUCCAUUAAAACAGCAAUAUAAUCACUCUGUGUUAAUUGGUUGUCAACAGACUGCUAAUUAAAUAAGAUCAGAUAUGCACUGGUUUUGUUCUGUGUAUGAGAACUGUGCAGGCAUGAUCACAGAAAAUGUAUACACUGAGACCCUACCUGUAAAGCAUCAAGUAAAGAGUCUAUAGUAAUGCAGUUAAUACAAGAUUCAAUUGUUCUCGUCUUUUGUUGAAGGAUCAUUAUUUUUUCACACGCAGUAUCCACAGUUGAAAUUUGCCAUAUGCUGUCUAAUCUUUGAAAUGUUGUUUUUAUUUAAAAUGAGUUAACGGACAGUCUAAAUAUUUCAGUUUCAUCUUGCCAGGUGAAAAGUAAAAGGCUGACCUGGCUGAUGCACUGUGUGAUAUAAGACUGAAUCACGAGUAUCACGCUGUGCAGAAAACUAUUCAUUUCUAUCUAUUUCCACUAGAGGGAGCAAAAUGCUGUGAUUUGCUUCAGAGUCCAGACUACUUCAGGUGAUCAGUAUGAGCACACAUGACAGAACAGGCUGCUUUGCAUUCAUUUUUGAGUCUUCUUGAUUCUACUGUGAGAGAUCUAUGGGUAGCAAGUGCUCAUGUUCUGAUGGCAGAGGGUUCAGGGUCUCCAGCAAACUGAAGAAUUAAUGAUUAAUGUCACGAGUUUAAUCAUCCUCUCUCUAGAGACCAGCACAGUAACAAUGUAGGUCUACACUCUUAUCACUCAUCUGUCUUCAUAGCAGAGAGUCCUUCAG